CAACAUUAUAAAAAAAACAUAAAAAUCAUGUCUUGGGAUUCACAACUUUCACCACAAGAAGCAAAGUAUUUCCUUCAAUUAUUUCAGUCUGUGAGUAAAACACAAGAAGGCAUUGUCACUGGCAAUGAAGCCGUACGCUUCUUUGCUACUUCGGGUGUACCCAACGAAAUAUUAUCAGAGAUUUGGGAAGCUGCUGAUCGUGACAAGGUGGGAUACCUCACUCCAGAAACUUUCUCCAUUGCUUUAAAGCUAAUUGCCUGUGCCCAGCAUGGCAAAGAAGCUUCUGAGCCCGUCUUGGCUACAGUGGUUCCUCUUCCUCAAUUCGACGGAGUAGCUCCUAGUCCUAUUAGCACACCUUUACUAUCAGCACCUUCCCUCAACAACAAUGCAUCUCUUAUCACAGCAGCCGAACGCGAGAAAUAUGCAAAUAUCUUUAAAGUACAUCAACCAGUCAACGGCGUAUUGGAUGCCAAUACAGCCAAAAGUGUCUUUUUAAAGUCGAAAUUACCCAUGGACACUCUAAGUCAAAUCUGGUACUUGGCCGAUGUCCGCCAAUCAGGAUCGUUAAACCAAAGUGAAUUUAUUAUUGCCAUGCACUAUAUUGCCAAGUUAAUGGAUGGAACACUUUCUAGCUUGCCAGAUAAAUUACCGCCAGCUGUCUUUCAAUCUGCCAAUGGUAACACAACACAACAAUCGCCGCUUGUGCGUAAUAUGACGAUCAAUUCACCUGCUAUGGGCUUCCGUCAACCUCCUCCUUCUCAUCAUAUGAUGACCCCACCGCAACGUGCAAGAACAAUUGAUUCAUUGGGUAAUUUGGCCUUUGGUGCCGCUGCUAAUGAACCCGCAGUACAACAAUGGGAUGUCUCUGCACGUGAGAGACAACAAUUUGGUGCCUACUUUGAUAAGAUUGAUGCCAAUCAUGUUGGUUUAAUCCAAGGCAAAGAGGCAGUUGAAUUCUUCAAGAAUUCGAGAUUACCCGAAACUGAAUUGGCACAUAUCUGGGAUUUAGCAGACAUUCAACAACGAGGUGCUUUAUCAAGAGACGAGUUUGCCGUGGCCAUGUAUUUAAUUCAUAAAAGAUUGGCAGGAGAACAAUUACCUCAGACUUUACCAAAGACGUUGAUUCCACCCAGUCAUACUCCAUUACAGUCCCCAUUUACAAAUGUCGUGUCUAGUCCAUCUAUGUAUCACUCUACUGCCUCACCUGCUGUGACUCAACGGUCACUCCCGGAUCAUGACCUGUUGGGCGAUUUUGGCAAUGAUGGUGUAGCUCAUGAAACCAACCAAGUGAAUUUACUAUCUAAUCAAGUAUCUUCCUUAUCGAUGCACAAGACGGAUGUACAACAACAAAAGAGUUCAGCAGAAGAUACCUUGGAGCAACUGAUCAAACAGCGUAAGGAUUUGGAGGCACAAAUGGCUAGUUUACGUAUGGCGCAUGAGGCAGCAGUCAAGGAUUUGAACGAGAUUCAAGAGACUGUACGACGUGAAGAAGGAGAAUGGGACCAAGUUCGAAGUGAAUAUGAUGCAUCCCAACAAGAGUUAACCGCAAUCCAGAACGAGAUUGCACAGACGCAACAAACGUUAGAGAAUGGACGUGCCGAAACCGAAAGUCUUCGACGACGCGUGCAUGAGAUUGGAGAAGAAACAAAGAAGGCACAAUCUGAAUUAGAGAAUUUAAGGUCCCAAAACAAGCAGACAAACAUGAUGUUGGAUAUCAAUCGACGUCAGGUCACUGCAGCAGAACAAGAUCGAUCAUUAGCAAAACGUAACUUAGAAGAUUAUAAAGUGGCUGCUAAUUUAACUGGUGAUGGUGGGGAAGAAGAGAAACAGGAAGGUUCAAUUUUCACAAGUGGAGAUAGUCCUGUUGAACCUACUACUGUAUCCACACCCGCGCUUCAAAACCUAUUUGGUGAUUCACCUUCCAUUGGACAUGCUUCUCCGUUCAAUGAGUUUCAAGCCGAGGCAAAUAAAAAUGCCACACCCGCUUUUGAUGAUGCAUUUUCUCCUGCUGCUGGUCCCUCUGUCAGUGACAAUGACUUUGAUGCAAUCUUUGGUAAUAUCAGUAGUCCCGCUUCUACCAAUCAAACUCCAGUUCAUGCAUUUGACCCAUGGGUUGCUACAACUCCUACUACACAAGUAAGCACACCGGGUAGUAAAACUUCCCGUGGACCUCCUCCCCCUCCUCCACCUCAAAGCAGACAUCAUCGACAAACGUCUGAAGUGAGCUCAAUUGCGUCUGUAGUGUCCACACCUUCCGGAGCUAAAAAGCAACGUGCCCCUCCUCCACCUCCACCUGUCGGAUUAUUCUCACCCACCUUGAGUACACCCCAAAUCAAUGAGCAGGAUGAUAGUGAAGAAGAUGAUUUCGAGGCCGCAUUUUCAGGAAAAUUACCAGAGGCUAAAAUUGUGACCAAGACCAGUGACGAUGAUGAUGAAUUUGCGGACUUUGACGAUGCAUUUAGUUCAUUUGAUACCGUGAAACCUGCUGCCCCCGCUGCACCUACAACAGCCCAAGCCGAAACAAGUGCAACCAAGUCAGCGGCUCCUGCGGUAGAUAAUUGGCCAUCUAACUUUGGUGGAUUUAAUUUCGCAAGUGAUGAUAAUUUAGCCAGUAAACCAUCGCCUACAGCUGCUGCUGCUGCUGCUCCUACAGCAACAAAGGAUGAUGAUUGGGAUUCGAUCUUUGGUACGGCUUCCAGCACACCCACUGCAAAGGCACCUGUGGCAGAAACCACCUCGGAUGGAUUCGAUGAUGCGUUCUCCAGCUUCGGGGAUGAUUUCGGAAAGCAAUCCGUGGUGAGUACACCUACAACAGCCAAGGUUUCAGUGCCUGUAAAGACAACACAGCCACAAAAAUCCAUGUCAGUAGGAUCCAUUGGUAUUGUGGGAGAUAAAAUCGAAGAGUUGGUCAAGAUUGGAUUCAACGAAAAGGAAGCAAAAGAUGCUUUAAACCGAUAUGACCAAGAUUUGGAGAAAGCUACUAAUUUCUUGCUUGAUCAAUCUUCCAAAGCUUAAACUUGUGUGUAAAUGAUAAUAUUAAUAAAAUUAAAAAAAAAACAAUAGUUUUUUUUGUGCGUUUAACUGCUAAAGAAAA